AUGCUCCAUCUUAGCCCUGCGAGCCUGCACCGACUCAUCCCGCACAGCCAGCGUACGAUCUUGAACCUUGCCAUAGCCGUAACGAUCGUUCUACUGCUUGUGGUUCCGCACACCGUCGCUGUCAAGAGAGCACCGGCAAAAAAGGCCCCGUCGCGGGCCGACCUGCUGAAUAGAGAACUCCUAACGGCGUUGAAGGACCUCGAUAAGAAGAACCCUUUCUUCUCAGUCUUCGCGCAACGGUUUUAUACUGCGGCUAGGGUCAAACUUAUCUCCCUGGAGGGUCCUGCCACGAUCCUUGUUCCGUCCAAUGUUGGCAAUCAGUUUAUGAAAAUGACGUGGGAGGCUUUCACUCCCCAGCAGCGGCUUCGCAUAAUGAAGAAUCUGAUUAUAAAGGGGAAGUUCAGCAAGGAUCGGCUGCUAUCAACUGUGCCCUUGUGGCAGUUCCCCACCAUGAAUAUGGGCCUGAAGCUGGUCAAGAUGAACAGCUACUCAACAAGAGAAUGCUAUUUCAAAGCUGUAGGGGGAUCUGCGUUUGGCCCGUUGAACAUGGCGAAUCUGAGCAUCACUAGGAAUAUCCAGGUCCAUGGCAUCUCCACAGUCCCAAUCCCAGCUAAUGCCUAA